UAUAAGAAUACGGUGAUACAAGAUUUAACUUAUUUCUAUACAUAAUCUGGGAUACGUCCCUUUCUCCAUUUUCAGAUACAUACAAGCAAAGGUUAAAAAAACAUAGAAACAUACACACAGACAGGCAUACUCUCUCUCUCUCUCUCUCAAUCCUUUCUCAGCUCAGCUUUUGCUCUCUAUUUUAGUGUUUCUUUUUUUUUUCGCUUUUUUAAAAUUAGUUUCACACACUUAUGAAAAGGGAAAGAUAUUUCACAAACUAAUUUGCAGUUUUUUUUUUAUUUGGGUUGUUUUGUUUUUCUUUAUAAACUAGGAAUUUCGUGGUUUUUUUUUUUUUUGGUUUUGGAAUGUUGAUGGAAGAGGUUUGAGUUUGAGAGUGAUGAAGGUGACGGGGAAAUCUAGUAUGCCAGCGACAUUUUCGGGGAGGAAUCCGACGGACGCGGAUCUCAAGCCAACGACGAAACGGAAAGCAAGGAACAGGAGGUGGAAACGGGUCGGCGGUACGCCGGUUGUGGGGAGGCGGAGCAGGCCGGAGACGCCUUUGUUGAAAUGGAAGGUGGAGGAGAGAGAGAAAGAAAGAGGGAAAGAGAAAGGUCGUGGAGUUGAGGAAGAGCUCGAGGACGAGGUCGAAGAGGAGGAGAAGGGUGGCCGGAGAGGUGGUGGUCGAGGGCAUAGGAGGAAAGGUGCUUCGAAAGUGUCCGCGAGGAAGCUUGCAGCUGGAUUGUGGCGGUUACAGUUGCCGGAGACGUUGACAUCUAGUGUUGCAGAAAGGAGGAGCGAUCGCUUAGGGUUUAAGAUCGAGCCUUCAAUUCAAUUUUCCAACUCUGCGAUGGAGGGAGCAACAAAGUGGGAUCCUAUCUGCUUAAAAACAACGGAUGAGGUAAGGCAAAUUUACAACCACAUGAAGCGUAUUGACCAACAAGUAAGUGCUGUAUCAAUUGUUUCUGCCCUUGAAGCUGAGCUCGAGCAGGCUCGAGCUCACAUUGAGGAGCUUGAGACUGAGCGCCGAUCCUCGAAGAAAAAACUUGAGCACUUCUUGAGGAAGGUUAGUGAGGAAAGGGCUGCUUGGCGGAGUAGAGAGCAUGAGAAAAUACGUGCCUUUGUAGACGAUGUUAAAGCGGACUUGAAUCAAGAAAAGAAAAAACGGCGGAGGCUUGAAAUUGUUAAUUCCAAAUUGGUGAAUGAGUUGGCUGCUGCCAAGUUAUCGGCGAAGCAAUAUAUGCAGGAUUAUGAAAAGGAAAGAAAAGCCAGAGAACUAAUUGAAGAAGUAUGCGAUGAACUUGCUAAAGAAAUUGGAGAAGACAAGGCUGAAUUGGAGGCAAUUAAGAGAGAUUCCAUGAAGCUUCGGGAGGAAGUCGAUGAGGAAAGAAAAAUGUUGCAGAUGGCUGAGGUCUGGCGUGAAGAACGUGUACAGAUGAAGCUCAUUGAUGCAAAGGUAGCACUUGAAGAGAGGUAUUCACAAAUGAACAAGCUUAUAGCAGAUUUGGAGACUUUUCUAAGGUCAAGGACUGGAAAUCUGGACACGAAAGACAUGCAAGAAGCAGAAUCACUAAGACAGGCUGCUGAUUCAGUUAAUGUUAAAGAAAUUAAGGAAUUUACAUAUGAGCCAGCAAACCCAGAUGAUAUUUUUGCCGUUUUUGAAGAUGUUGCUUUCGGUGAAGCAAAUGAACGAGAAAUUGAACCCUUUACCGCAUAUAGUCCUGCUAGCCAUGCCUCGAAAGUUCUUAUGGUGAGUCCCGAAAUGAGCAUGAUGAAGAAAGACAGCAUUAUGAAACAUUCAAAUGCACUUUUUGAUCAGAAUGAUGAGAUAGAGGAAGAUGAGAGUGGGUGGGAAACUGUCAGCCAUCUCGAGGAUCAGGGCUCAAGUUACUCACCAGAAGGGAGUGUUGCAUCUGUCACCAGGAAUCACCGGGACAGCAAUUUCUCGGGUAGUGGAACUGAAUGGGAAGAAAAUGCAUGUGGAGAUACCCCAAUCACUGAAAUUAGCGAAGUUUGUUCAUUACCUGCUAGGCAGUCGAAGAAGGCGUCGUCCAUAACGAGGCUUUGGAGGUCAUGCCCGAAUAAUGGAGAAAAUUACAAGAUAAUUUCAGUAGAAGGAGCAAAUGGCAGACUUUCAAGUGGAAGAAAGUCUAAUGGGGGUAUUGUAUCCCCAGAUCGAGGAUCCGGUAAAGGUGGGCUCAGUCCUUCAAUGGGACAGUGGAGUUCACCUGACUCUGGUCAUCCACACAUAACGAAAGGGAUGAAAGGGUGCAUUGACUGGCCUCGUGGUGCACAAAAGAACAGUUUGAAGGCAAAGCUUUUGGAAGCAAGAAUGGAAAGCCAAAAGGUCCAACUACGGCAUGUUCUUAAACAGAAGAUUUAGAACAGUGAAGUUCCCAAAUGAAAUAAGGACUAUAUUGGUCAGAGACAUGAGCAACCUCUGCUGCUAGUUCAAAAUCGGUUAAAAGUUGAAUACAGGCAACUGAUUGGUCCCAUAGAUUUUUCGAUCCUCCGGUUUUUCGAGUUCUUGCUGAGUAAGCCGGAUGAUGUUGUUCAUGAAACAGAUUAUUUGGGAUCAUCUCCUUUCAUUUGUAAUAGUUGUAACACUGCCUGGAGACAUUGCCAUUCUCUAUGUAAUAGAGAAAACCAAUGCAUGACAUUUGUAUUGUAUCACUCGGAUCCGAGGUUAUCAAGGAAAACAAGUUCAUGGUAGUCUGAAGUGAUAUCAUUUUCGUCUGUAAACUUGUUCUUUUUAAUAUAUAUAUAUAUAUAUUUGUUAAAA